UCUGUCGUUCUGCCCCUGAACAGGCAGUUAACCCACUGUUCCUAGGCCGUCAUUGAAAAUAAGAGCUUGUUCUUAACUGACUUGCCUAGUUAAAUUAAGAUUAAGUUAAACAAAAAAAGUGAGCAAUCAUCAGCACUCGAUUGUUUUUGUCUGGAUACAGUGGCGUUCAAAGGGUAAAGGUUAAAGUUUGUCUGUGAAAACACCGGAACACGUGUUGGUGUUAAAAUAGCCAGGCUUCGGAUAUGGCUGCCAUGUACUCUGGUAUUCACUUGAAGCUUAAAAACCCCAAGACACCCUGGGUGGACAAACUGAAGCUUGCCCGUUUUGCAUGGAUUUCAUCACAGUGCUUACUUCCUAACAAAGAACAGGUACUCUUUGAUUGGAUAAGUCAUGCAUUGACAGGCUUUUACAGUAAGAAAGUGGAGUUGCCACAGGUGGUGGUGGAAGGCUUGUGGGUCUACCUGGAUGAUAUUUUGCACAGCAAAAAGCUACAUAGUGCGUUGAGCCAAGGAAAAACCAUCAGCCUUCGUUUGGCAGUAGCGCAAGUAAUAAUUGAAAGGAUUCAGGAGUUUAGCUCAGGGACCUCCUCAGCGUCUGUCUCCACCGUGUUGAGCUGCUGUCAGGGCAUCCUUUCCUCCUCAGUCCUCUCUGUCACAUUCACCACUAAGUACGAGCUACUGGUGGAGCUGUUGGCCAAGCUGUGUACCCUGGGCUGCUCCAAGCUCAGUCAGCAGCAAGCCACAGAACCCCUGACACCCCAGGUGUUUGAGGUCCUCCUCCUCACCCUGAGUAGUUACCUCGCGGUCCAAAAGCAGCAGGCCAAUGCCAACCGCGUGUUUGCCCAAGUCACAACACACCUGCUCCAGCACCUCCUCCUGCUCAGACACCUAUUGACUUCCAGGGCCUGGAAGGCCGAGGAUGACUCCCGUGUCCGCCAGCACCUGAGUAGGGACAUCCGUGGGAAAGUGGACACCAUCCUGCAGUCUGCUCUCUUCCUGCCAGACCACCUCCAGGCCUAUAAGGAGGAGCUCCUCUCAAAGGAGGAGCCAGGGAUGAAGAAGGGAGCAGCGGGGAAGAGCCUACUCUCCCCAGUCAACUCGAUACUCUCAAAGAUUUGUGCACAAGGGUACUGUGACACUGAUCUCCAUUUUGCGGUCAGGUCGAGUUCCCUCCCACUGCUCUUCAAAUUCUCUCUGGAUGCCUACUGUAAAGGAGGAGAUAAUAAAGUACUCUGCUUUCACAUGUUAACACAGUUAAUCACUGCCUUGGAUUUCACAAAUGAGGUGACUCUCAAAGAGCUGUUUGAUGGUGAAAACUGGAGCUUAGCUCUGCUGGCUUUGGAGAACCUCUUGAAUUUAUGCUUAACGGCAGACCUUUACAAUGUGGCGGCUGACAGGAUAAAGUACGAGGAGGUUCAGUUGAUUUUCUACAGGAAGGUGGUGAGGCUGUUGUUCGACAAUGCCCAGCCCAGCAUAUCAGCAUGGUACCGCUGUCUAAAAGCCCUGCUCAGUCUCAACCACCUGAUCAUAGAGCCGGAUCUGGACGAGCUGCUGUCGGCAGGAUGGAUUGAUUCCGACUGCACAGAGCCACGGGUUAGGAAGGCACGCGAGGCCCUCAUCUCCUCUGUUCUCCAGAUCUACGCCAAGCUGAGGCAGCUCCCCAAGCUCUUCGAGGAGCUCCUGGCUGUCAUCUGCCGCCCAGCAAUGGAUGAGCUCAGACAGCCCGUUCUCCCAGAGGCAGUGCAUAGGAUGCUCAGCACAUGCCUUCUGGACAACCCUACCAGCCAGACUUUGGAAAUAUGCUGCCUCAUUUUAGAGAAUGUAACAAGCUAUGUACUCCCGGAUCUGGAAGGAAACGAAGACAUGUCCCUGAAGUUGUUCUCCUUGAGUGUGCUCUUGUACUCUGUGUUGUUCAGCCUGAAAACUUUGGACAACAGCACACCAGUUCCUGUUGUGAGGCAAACCCAGGCUCUAAUGGAGAAGAUGCUCCAGGUGGUGAAGCCAGUGCUGCAGCUGGCUGAAGGCCAGGCCCCAGACGUCCCUGGGUGUCAGAAAGUCCAAGAUGCAGGCCUUCUGCUAAAGUACACUUGGGUGGAGGUGGACACCCUCUUUCAGAUUCACUGUACGAAAUACACAUCUCCAACGGACCCAGCUAGCGUUAACAUACUAGACGACAUAGGUAUUCUCCUCUCUGGUGUGAUGGCGACAGGUGAAGAUCAGGCCUCUCCCAUCGGCCAGCACUGUAGCCCCAUGACUCACCUCCUGCAAAAACUGCUCACUCUCCAACAAAUGAAGAAAGUUAUCCUAAGCAAUGAGCUCUUGGCACAGACUAGAGCUUCAGAUGUCCUCCGCAGAGCAGCCCAGUACAUUGUGGGGAGAGGAGAUCCUCAACUCUGCCAGCAGAGUGACCAGCUAUGGGACCGUCAGGUCAGUAGUGUGGAUGCCAGCACGUACCCAGUGGCACAUUGGUACCUCGUUACCACAAACCUACCCAUGAUCUUGCCAUUCCUCACUGAGGACGAAGUGUGUCAUAUAGCUGAUGUUCUCCUCAGCUCCCUACUUCAGAAGACACCAGAUGACACCACUGAGAGGCUGUCUGUCUCUCUCAUUUCCAAAGAUCUGCUUGAGAGCCUUGUUCUUGUCGAGUUACCCACUAUUUACUCUGCUGUUGUCAGAUGUGUCACUCAAAGGAUUGUGGGGAUUCUCAGCGGCAUCCCAGACAUGGCCUCUGUCUGUCCUGCACUCAUGAAGUUGAGUGAAGUAAGCUGUUUGACAGCUGGAGACAAAGGAAGUGCAGUAACUCAGUCAGAUGGCGAUGUCAGUGAAUCCCAUUCUGCUUUGAAGAGACUGGAGUCCAUAGCCCAACACAUACUGAACUCUAGUACGACCGGAGCCUCUAUAACCAUAUCUCAAAGUCAAGCCGAUAACCUUUUAAGCUUACUUCAAGUCACCAAUGCUCUUAACCCAGAUGGAAUGUCCUCUGAAGACUUUUCAGGGCUCUUUUUACUCUUAUUCCUCAUGGUCACAGACACACAGCUACAUAAUGAUGUGAAGCCUGCCGUAACAAUACAUCUGCUGAACCAGCUCUUCAGUCUCAUGGGGUUGCUUCUGGCAGGGAAUAAUUCCCAUCAUGUUUUAAAGAUUGUGCAUGGGAGUAGCCUCUUGGAGGCAUCUUUGACAGCUCUCUUUUCACACAGCAAUAAGGGCCUCUUUCAAACCGUGGAAAGCUCUGCUUGGCUGACUUUCUUAAAAACCGUCCAGGAUUUCAUCCAGUCCCUGAUCCUAUUGAUAAUCCACAGAAAGAGCAGUGUCCGCCUUAACCUGGAGAAAUUCACCACCUAUUUGGUCAAUAGCGAGGUUGCCGUUAUGGCUUUGUCUUCUCUCCCAGGAAACAUUGAAACAGGGGGCCUGUUCGCCGUACAGCUCCUGCUUGCGUCUAUGAACACACUGUGCCAGGCCAUGACAUCCAGCCUCAGGACAACCAAGCAGCUACAUGAGACCCUGAGUCAAUUACUGGGGAAGACCACUGCUGUCAUGGGCCCUGCCAUCCAGGCCAGCCUGAGGGCUCAGACAGGCAGUCUACUAGGCCAGGCCUUCUCUGUGGAUGUGGUGACCGGGAUGGUGAGGAGCGAGCUGGCCUGUGCUUGCCACCAAGAUGAGCCUAGCGAGGGCAUCACACAAGAGAGUCUAAGCCACAUGGGCAUGUACAGGAGCUUCAGCCAGCAGAUUCUCAGAGAGCUGUGCCCAUCCCAGCGCCCCAUGGACUUCCUGGUCUCAUCGCUCCACUUCCUCUCAGCGUACUAUGCUGCUGCAGAGAUGACCAAAGCCCUUGACCAGGAGGAGCUCUUUGUGGCAAUUCUGCAGAAUGUCCACAAACUGCUUGCAGCCCCAUGGCUGUCAGUAUCAGAGGUGAGGUCCCUGGAGGAGCCAGUAAAGGAGCUUCUGGACCAGCUGCUGGUCAGGAGUACCCCAGAACAGUUCCACCUUCUCCUGCUGCUGCUCCGAGACGGACUGGAUACCUCCAAGUUCAGGAGCGGCUGUCAUAGGGAAGUCCUUUCAACAGUGACGAUAACGAAGCUGCUUGCCAGCGGCCUGCUUCCAGAAACCUGCUUAAAGGCAUUCUGGCUCAUUGCACCUCAGAUCAUAUCUGCCUUAGUAUUUCUAGUGAAGGAGGCUGGCAAGGAGCCAACCCUGACUGCUGCUCUGACCGUGCCAGUGUUGGACACUCUGACAGCCAUGCUCCGUCAGGGGGAGUGGAUGCUCUCCAACCCCCACCACGUGACCAUGGUGCUGGGGGCCCUGCAGUUUGUCCCCCUUGAGCACCUGACGAUGGAAGUCUACCACGCAACCUUUGAGGCCAUUCACGAGGCUCUGUUUGCAGUCAUCCAGUGUCACCCGCAGGUGAUGCUGAAAGCGGCACCGUCCUUCCUCAACUGUUUCUACCGCCUGGUGGUCUCCAUCAUGCAUGAGGGGAGACAGAAGGGUGAGGCCGAGAGAGUCCCUGAGAUCGAUGCGGAGGUGCUUUUGAAGUGUGCUCGUCUGGUGGAACGCAUGUACUCCCACAUCGCCACCACAGCCGAGGGCUUCACCAUCCUCUCCUCCUUCAUGGUAGCACAGUACGUCAGCGAGCUACAGAAGGUUACUCUGCAACCAGACAUCAAGAGCCACCUGACAGAGGGAGUUUACAGGAUCCUGGACCUCUGUGUUGAGCAGGACGUUAAGUUUUUGAACACCACCCUCCAGAUGGGUGUCAGAGAGGUGUUCAACGAUCUCUAUGGCAGUUAUACUCAUUACCAUAAAACCCAGCGGCAAGGAGAGGAGAAAUACACAGCCUGACAUUCCCCUCUACCAUCUCUCUUUCCAGAAAUACUUUUUCUUUAUAACAGCCAAGAUUUUUUUUCUUAAACAACUGUUUAAACAUGUAAAUUGUAUUUUUUAUGUUUGUGUGUUGGUUUAGUAGUGGGACAAAAAAGGUAAUUGACAACAAAUGAUGUCUCAAGUGUGUUUUAUUUUAAUACCUUGUUUGGUCUUUCUUGUAUUGAUGGCUAAAAUACUGUAGCUUUAGACUAUCCCAUUUUCAAGAUUUGAUUUACAGGGCCUUCAGAGAGUAUUCAUACACCAUGACUUAUUAAAAAUUGUUACAGCCUGAAUUCAAAAUGGAUUCAAAUGUUUUUUUCGCUCACCAAUCUACACACAAUAAAUACCCCAUGAUGACAAAGUGAAAACAUGUUUUUCAAAAAUAAAUAAAGUAUUCCCACCCCUGAGUCACAACAUAUUAGAAUCGCCUUUGGCAGCGAUUACAAUUGUGAGUCUUUCUGGGAAAGUCUCUGAAGAGCUUUGCACGCCUUUAUUGUACAAUAUUUGCACAUUUAUUUUUAACAAAAAUUCUUCAAGCUCUGAUGUUGGUUGUUGUUCAUUGCUAGGCAGCCAUUUCCAAGUCCAGCCAUAGAUUUUCAAGUAGAUUUAAGUCAAAUCUGUAACUAGGCCACUCAAGAACAUUAAAUGUUGUCUUGGUAAGCAAGUCCAGUGUAUAUUUGGCCUUGUGUUUUAGUUUAUUGUCCUGCUGAAAGGUGAAUUUGUCUCUGUGUCUGUUAGAAUGCAGACUGAACUAGGUUUUCCUCUAGGAUUUGGCCUGCGCUUAGCUCUAUUCGGUUUCUUUUUAUCCAAAACCGUUCAGAUGCUCCAGACUAUUGUGUGAGAAGACCAAUUUUCAUGGUCUGAAAAACACUGCUUUAGCUCUGUCACCUUUCACAGCAGAUGCAGAAGUGUGACAUAGGCGGAUGUGGUGGAUUGAAACACAUCCAACACUAAUUACAAUUCCACUUGGGUGCGGAUGUCAACUUAAAAAAAUAAAAUAAAUUAAGCACAUUUUUACUCCUGAACUUGUUUAAGCAUGAUAUAAAAGGGAUGUAAUAAUUUUAUGCUUUUUUUGGUUUUAAUUUGGAGACAUUUCUAAAAAAGGAAUUCCACUUUGACAUUAUGGGGUAUUGUAUGGUUAGACCAGUGACACAAUCUCAAUUUUAAUCAACUUUCAAUUUGGGUUGUAACAACAAAAUAUGGAAAAAGUCCAGGGGUGUGAAUACUCGUAGGCACUGUAUGCUUUAUCUGGGAACUCUGUUUCAGAUGUGACAAAAGGAUACAAGUAAAUGAUUACUAUACCAUUACAAAGGCAAAUUGGAAAUGGUUUAACCCAACAUAUACAUCGUGUACAAAACAUUAGGGACACCUUCCUAAUAUUGCGUUGCACUCCCUUCUGCCCUCAGAACAGCAUCAAUUUGUUGGUGUCGAAAGCGUUCCACAGGGAUGCUGGCCCAUGUUGACACCAAUGCUUCCCACAGCUGUCAGGUUGUCUGGAUGUUCUUCGGGUGGUGGACCAUUUGUGACACACAGGAAACUGUUGAGCGUGAAAAACCUUAACCCCAAUUGCUCCUAUAAGUUGCUCUGGAUAAGUGCCUUGCUCAAGGGCACAACGACAGACUUUCACCUUGUCGGCUCAUGGCUUCGAACCAGUGAACUUUCGGUUACUGGCCCAAUGCUCUUAAACACGAGGCUACCUACCACCCAUACACAUACACAGUUUCAAUUGUCUCAGGGCUUAAAAUCCUUCUUAACCUGUCUCUUCCCUUUAAUCUACACUGCUUUUGAAGUGGAUUUAACAAGUGACAUAAGGGAUCAUAGACUGACCAGGUGAAAGCUAUGUCAUGGAAAGAGCAGGUGUUCCUAAUGUUUUUUUUACACUCAUUGUAUAGUGGAGGGGAAUGUCAUUGACUUUAUCACACGCAUUCCUCAUGAAACAUUGUGCCUGAAACUUUCCCUUGUGAUUUGCCAUACAUUUGUUAUUAACUACCAGAUGAGAAAAUCUUAGGAGAAAUGUGUAUUAUAUUUGGGGUUGUCUUUUGCAGACGAAUACAGAACAUCUUAUAAUUUUAUAAAUAAUGAACAGUAUGACAGAUAUGUUUUACAGGCGAAGGUCAUUAUGGAACUACAGUUUUUGAACGUUAUCAUUUUCCGUAAGGGCUCCUCAAGCGAGUGUAAAUCCUUCAGUAAAACUCAAUAUAUUCAUUUUGCAAGCAUUGUUUUCCUUUUCUCUUGUCUCAAUAAGUAUUUGUUCCCUCGUGUGUAAUAUAUGGGACAUGUCUCGUGUGUAAUAUAUGGGACAUGUCUCGUGUGUAAUAUAUGGGACAUGUCUCGUGUGUAAUAUAUGGGACAUGUCUCGUGUGUAAUAUAUGGGACAUGUCUCGUGUGUAAUAUAUGGGACAUGUCUCGUGUGUAAUAUAUGGGACAUGUCUCGUGUGUAAUAUAUGGGACAUGUCUCGUGUGUAAUAUAUGGGACAUGUCUCGUGUGUAAUAUAUGGGACAUGUCUCGUGUGUAAUAUAUGGGACAUGUCUCGUGUGUAAUAUAUGGGACAUGUCUCGUGUGUAAUAUAUGGGACAUGUCUCGUGUGUGUGUGUUAUCCACUACCAACCUUGAGUUUGAGCAGCCAGUCUUAAAUGUUUCAUUUUACAUUUGAGUUAUUAAGCAGAUGCUCAUAUCCAGAGCGAUUUACAGUUAGUGCAUUCAUCUUAAGAUAGCUAGGUGGGACAACCGCAUAUCACAAGCAUAGAAUGUAGACCUCCGUAGUCAGAGCUAGAAGAGCUAGGGGGGGGGGGUUAUUUAAGAUACUGUUUGAAGAGGUAGGGUUUCAGAUGUUUUUGGAAGAUUGGCAGGGAGGGACUCUGCUGUCCUAGCUUCAGUGGGAAGCUGGUUCCACCAUUGGGGUGCCAGGACAGAGAAGAGCUUGGACUGGGCUGAACGGGUAGGUGUGGGAGGGCUAAAAGACCUGAGGUGGCAGAACGGAGUGCUCAGGUUUGGGUGUUGGGUUGGAGCAUAGCCUGAAGGUAGGGAGGGGCAGUUCCUCUUUCUGUUCCGUAGGUAAGCACCAUGGUCAUGUAGUUUCCAUUUGAAUUACUCUUAAAUCUCAUAAACACAUAUUGUGAAGUAAUUACAUGAACACGGAUUGUUUUAGUUUUAGACUGUUGAUUUAGCCAAAGCUUUUACUUAGCCAGGUCAGAUAUCUGGCAGGACUGCCAUUUCUCCCUGCGGUUUUCUGCAACUGUCAUGAUUUACAAUGCCUGAAUCUACCAACUUGCCUGGCAAGGUUUCCUAUAAGAUUCACUGAAGCUCAUUUAUUUAAUUAAACUGGUUAUUUAAUUAGUGUGAAUGGCCACUGCAAUCACAGAGUUGGCCAAAAGUUUAUAUAAAACUUGCAGGCCAGUGACAUCCAGGCAAAGUGGAAAGACUUCUGCUUUAAAUAAUGAAUCAGGGCAUUUCUGGCUCCCUUACACAUUCCCUCCUUACUUUGCUAAAAUGAGCGUUCUCCUGGCAUCUUUCCAUUCUCAGUUCUCCCAAAGUCAUAACCCUGACAUUGCCUCACAACACGAAGAAAUUAGAACGAUUACUGUCUGCCUAUUCUCAUAGGGUUGCUGUGUGUCAACCGGGUGCCAUUUAUGGGCCUAAUUGUGUUAGUGAAUAUCCCUUAUGGCCUUCAAAUGACCAGAGAGGGUAAACAGACAACUUGUACCCAUGGUAUGGCUAUAUGUAAUUCUAUCAUACCUAUCAAUCAAGUUAGAGUAAAAAGCUACCUUAGCUGGCAUGCCUGGUGGCAAGGUUGGUAGACUUUAGAAAAGCAAGCAAUAACUAAAUGUACUGAAUAAGACUCACAUACCUUUCCAUACUUUACCCAGAUUUUAGCAGAGAUGCAGACAAACACAUUUAGUUUCUUUAAAGAAAAGAACCACCAGUCAGUCAGGAUACAGACAGCUCAAGAGGUAAACUUAUAUUAGCAUAAUGAUUAUGGCUCUUGAUUGCAGGAGAAUGUUUCAGGUGUUUAAAAAAUGCAAAAUUCUCCAACUUUUAACACCCCCCAGUCAUCCUCACAUACGUUGUGCCCCCUCCGAUUUUGGGGGUGUAUGACACUCCUGAGAAAGGGAGCCGUGUGUGCUGGUCCAGUGAGGGCUCAGAGCCCCUUUUCUAUAUGUCCUGCAGCUGCACAAACUCUGGGGGCUCUGAUCUCACUGGUAGACCCCUCGAAGCAGCAUGGGUGAUGUGUGAUUGGGUAUGAGUGUGUUAGCCAUAACAUUUCAGAUGUCAGGGGACUGGUGGGUGGAGAACAAGGGAGAAGCUUCAGGCUUAAACAGCCAGGCUGGGGGAAUGACAUGCAUCCUUAUCACUGUACAGUAAAACAUGGUUGGUACUGCCACCCAACCAUAGGUACUACAAAUAAAGACGAGGCCUUUCUGAACAGCACACAGUCUGUGCAAGUAAUGAAGUGCAGUGUUUGUUGGGGUAUAGAUGCUGUAUUGGUGUGGUGUACAGGUACUAGUAAGGGAUUGGUGGAAUGUGUUUCCCUUUUAACACAAGGCAUUUUGUUGUAAUUAUUUUUGGGCAACGGAUGAGAUGGAAAAAUGUCAGGAAAGAUUUCACAAUGUGCAACCAUGGCCUUUACUAAAGGUGACUCAGGUGCUUUGUAUUCUAAAGGAGAGGGAAGUCUUACACAGAACUAACUAUAUUUAACGAAAAGCAUGGUAUUCAGUGAAGGCACUAACCUUCCAAGAUCUUAUUGCAUCACUGAAAACCUGUAAUUCAUUUUAGUUAAACAUUGAAAAGUUAAGCAGAAUAGAAUGGCUGCUUGUAGGAUGUCAAUCACUGAACUAACAUGUUAAAUUAAUUCCACCCCAUAAGGUAAAGCUAAGUAAACUAAUCUAUCAACUAAUAUAUAAUUAGUUGAUUUGAUUCUGUCCAACUAACAAUGUAUAUCAAGAUUGUGUAGGGAGGUCCCAGAAGAAGCUACAAUGACUUCCAUUUAUGCCACGCAUUUGUUAUAAUGAUGUUUGCCCAGGGUGGGAAAGUAGUGUAGAAUUAUGGGGCGGAUUUCUGUAGAGUUAUUGUAUGGGGGUAACAAUGUUAUAUAGUUAUGCUAGUACACCAGCCUGCCGUUGUACAGUAUGUAUAGCUCUGUUAAGGUCAAUAAAGAUCUGCAUUAUUGUGUUUGUCACGCA